AAUUCACCUAUUCUCCAAUGCACCAGGUGGCGCCAGCCUCCCAAAAUGUAAACACCGACUUCUUCGCAAAGGAAAUUGUUGCAAACAUGGCGUCGGGCAGCGGGUCGAGUAAGAAUGACUUCCGUCGGAAGUGGGACAAAGACGAAUAUGAGAAUCUUGCUCAGAAGCGUCUCAACGAGGAGCGAGAAAAAGAAAGCAGGGAUGGGAAAAUCGCACCGCCAAUCAAGCGGGAGAAUCUCCGUCAUCGAGACUACAAAGUGGAUUUGGAGUCCAAACUGGGGAAGACCAUCGUUAUCACCAAGACGACCCCUCAGGCUGAGAUGGGCGGCUACUACUGCAACGUUUGUGACUGCGUGGUGAAAGAUUCCAUCAACUUCCUGGAUCACAUCAACGGCAAGAAACAUCAGAGGAACCUCGGCAUGUCUAUGAGAGUUGAGCGGUCGUCCCUGGACCAGGUGAAGAAGCGCUUCGAGGUGAACAAGAAGAAGUUGGAAGAGAAGCAGAAAGAGUACGACUUUGAGGAGCGCAUGAAGGAGCUGCGAGAAGAGGAGGAGAAGGCAAAGGCCUACAAGAAGGAGAAACUGAAAGAGAGGAAGCGUCGGGCCGAGGAUGACGGGGACUUUGAGGAUGAUGACGAAAUGGCAGCUGUCAUGGGUUUCUCAGGGUUUGGGUCUUCUAAAAAGAGUCACUGACACUUCAAGGACAUCAUGGCCGUCGAGUCAGCAAGUCUGGUGAUGCUGUCAUGGGAGGAGAGCCCUGAACGGAGGCGCGCACGAGAUGGAAGGACAACUAUAGAGUCCUGCUGAGCGGAGUUCGUAUUCACCAGUAUGUUCAGAUUCCCCCCCAAAUUAUCUUUUUUGGGGCCAGUUAGAUCCCAUCAGACCCAUUUUUUUAAUGCCAUUUUGAAAAUCCAACAUAAACAGGCUGUUCAUUUGCGGGUGAAGCGCCCCAGUUCAAUAGAAAUAAGACCAACAUUCUAUCAGUUAUUGGAAUGUUAUCAGAUAUUUUUUUCUUCAUUAGAAGUCAUUCUCACCCAGUUUUUUUUCCAAUAUUUAUCAUGCAAACAUGGAUGUCAGUGACUGCAGAAUUAAAUUUUCUGUCAAGAUACUGUUAUUUGCUGUAUAUUGUCAAGUUUUCUUCUGUUUCAAACAGGUUUUUGAUUUA